AACUUAGCCAAAGGGAUGUGGUUCAACCAGUCAUCUAUAGAUGGCUUCAUCCUCCUGGGUAUCUUUUCACAUAGCCAGACUGACCUUGUCCUCUUCUCUGUGGUCAUGAUAGUCUUUACAGUGGCCCUCUGUGGGAAUGUUCUCCUCAUCUUCCUCAUCUACAUAGAUUCUCGGCUUCAUACACCCAUGUACUUCUUCCUUAGUCAGCUCUCCCUCAUGGACCUCAUGUUGGUUUGUAACAUUGUACCCAAGAUGGCGGUCAACUUCCUGUCUAGCAGGAAGUCCAUCUCCUUUGUGGGUUGUGGCAUACAAAUUGGCUUUUUUGUGUCCCUUGUGGGGUCUGAGGGGCUCUUGCUGGGACUCAUGGCUUAUGAUCGCUAUGUGGCUAUUAGUCGUCCACUUCACUAUCCCAUCCUCGUGAGUCAGAAAGUCUGUCUCCAGAUUGCUGGGAGCUCUUGGGCCUUUGGGAUACUAGAUGGAGUGAUCCAGAUGGUGGCAGCUAUGAGCUUACCUUACUGUGGCUCCAGGAAAUUGGAUCACUUCUUCUGUGAAGUGCCAGCUCUACUGAAGCUGGCCUGUGCAGACACAUCCCUUUUUGACACCCUGCUCUUUUCUUGCUGUGUCUUCAUGCUGCUCCUGCCCUUCUCCAUCAUUGUGGCCUCUUAUGCUCGAAUUCUGGGGACUGUGCUCCGUAUGCGUUCUGCUCAGGCCCAGAAAAAGGCUCUGACUACCUGCUCUUCCCACCUGAUGGCUGUGUCUCUUUUCUAUGGGGCAGCCAUGUUCAUUUACUUGAGGCCUACACGCUACCGAACCCCGAGCCAUGACAAGGUGGUCUCUAUCUUUUACACGGUUCUUACUCCUAUGCUCAACCCCCUCAUUUAUAGCUUGAGGAACCGGGAAGUGAUGGGGGCCCUGAAGAAAGGGUUGGAGAGCUGCAGGGUUGGCAGCCAGCGCUGA